UGCUUCGCUGGUGCACAAACCGCUUAGAACAACGGUUGCGGACGAAAGUGUUUUUCUGCGGCGCGCGUGUUCAUUCGUAUUGUUUUGACUCGGGCAUCCCAAACGGUGGAACGGUUUUUAGUGGAAACACGCAAUCACGCAUUCGUAACGUUUCGACUAGCAAUAGCGAGCGAGUGAAUCGCAAACCAAGGGCUGGAUGUUUAUUCUUCACUGUGGUAGUGCUUUUAGUUGCUCAUUGUCGGUGCAGUGUCGAUAGCAAUUACACAACUUUUCGUGAAAAGUGACAAAUUAAGGUGGUUACCGUUAUCAAAUCGAAGAAAUCCACACUCAGCGCAAAGCUGUUCGAGCAAACUGUGCUGAUGAUGAAAGAUAAUUAAUUAAUGAGCAAACAUCAAUAUAAUGAGUAGUGUAGUUUGAAAUACUUUGCUGAUUACUAGCAAACAGUUUGCCUUGUUGAUUGCAAGUGAAGCAGGAAGAACAAAGUUAUAUGAGUGUGUUGAAAUCAGGCUCGGGAAUUCAGGUCCAUUAAAGAAGCUGGGUCACACAUAAGAAAGCAGCUAUCAAAUUUCAUUGUUUGUGUCAGUGUGUGAGGGUGUGUAUUUGUGUAGAAAUCAUUGUGCUGUGCAGAAAAUAUACAAUACAUCCAAAAUUCCGCCACUAGCGAUAAUGUCGUCGCCGCACGAGGACGAAGAUCAGGAUCUUGAUCAAGAGAUUAAUGUGGACGCUGACUCAGACUGUCAAUCGCGCGUAUCCUACAACAGUGGCUCGGAAGACAUUGAUCUCGAUGGUGAUGGCAAUGGGUCCUGUUACGAAGAGUCCGACAUUGCCAGGUACGUGUGUGCUAGCAAAACGAUAUGCUUCAAGAAUGACCAUCAAACACAUUCGACCGAGCCGACGACACGAUCGCCGAACGAAAACCUGCCCUUCAGCAUAUCGCGGUUACUGGGCAAAUCGUACGAUCGUGACCAGAAGGACAAGGAUGCCGGCUCGGAGGACACCGGCCCGGAGGGACUCAUCAAGAACGGGCAUCACAUUACGGUCAGCUCGCCGAGCAGUUUGCAGUACGCGGCGGGAGCGCUCUACAGCUACCCGAUGUAUCCUGGCGGCCACGUGCUGCGAGUGCCUCCCCAGCGAGGACCGUGCAAUCCACUGUCCUGGACGCUGCCCCCACUGCAUCCGGCCGCGCUCGCCCAUCAAGCGGUCAAGGAUCGGCUAGCUGCUUUCCCCAUUGCCCGUCGGAUUGGCCACCCGUACCAGAACAGGACACCGCCCAAGCGGAAAAAGCCACGCACCUCCUUCACCCGCAUCCAGGUGGCGGAGCUAGAAAAGCGAUUCCACAAACAGAAGUACCUGGCAUCGGCGGAACGGGCUGCCCUUGCGCGAGGGCUCAAAAUGACCGAUGCGCAAGUGAAAACCUGGUUCCAAAACCGCCGCACAAAAUGGAGGAGACAAACCGCAGAGGAACGAGAAGCGGAACGGCAAGCCGCCAACCGAUUGAUGCUGUCGCUGCAGGCAGAAGCACUCAGCAAAGGCUUCGGCCAACCGCCACCAUCGGCGGCAGCACCUUCCGCCACCACGCCCGGUGCACCGCUGGCCGCCCUCCACGGACUGCAGCCAUGGGCCGAGGCGCAUACGGCCGGGUGUUGAAGCGCGUGCUUUCGAUUUUCACGACCAAACCGGUGCAACAUCGAAACAAAAGUCGAUACAUCAUGCUGGGCAUCUCCAGGUCUAGCGUUGUGAUAUGAAAGGGAGUGUGUUUGCGUACGCGAGCGAGAAUUUCUGGCUGCUAGUACCUACCUGCAGGAAGGUUUGGCACUAAAACGUUAACAGUGAGCAAUUGAAUGAGCGUGCCGCGCACGCAUCGUGUGAAACGUUGUACAAUAUUUGUAAAAAAGAAAACAACAACAUAAAAACCGACUCACCAAGGAUACGACAUACAACGAAAACGACGACUUCGCCACUCGAUAACUCCAAACUUUGUAGAAAUUAGGGAUCGAGAGAAGUUUAGGGUCAAGAGCAGGAGAUAAUAUUAACUAAUAUAUUCCGAGCAAGGAACAUUUAUCAUACUUCUAUAAUCACGAGCUAGGCACCAGGCUAGGGAUCUUCAUCACUUCGCAAAGAAGAGUAACGAUACGAUUAUCAGCAUUUAGCGAAAGUGCAUCUUUACAUUUGCAGUAUUUCCAGUGCUCUGUUUGUGUGCGUGUGUGUGCGUGUGUAUAUAGUGGAAACGGUACACGACACUACUGGAGCUGAUUAUGAUUCUAGAAAGAGUGGAAAAUGUAAAGCAAAUCGAUCGGGUGCAGUUUCAGUAGUAAGAAGGGUUAUUCAAUAGCAUAUCGCUUAAGCUGUUAGCUAAUUAAACUGUAGUUGAGUUGUAAUAUAGAGAGAGAGAGAGACAACGAUCGGCGAUCAUUCAUCCCAUCCCAAUAGCAUCAAUGUCAAGCAGCAUCAUUGUACAUUUGCAUCAUUUACUAGACAUCUUAAGGAUAAAUUCGUGCAAGGAUGAAGGAAACACAAAAUAAUAUACGAAACUCCCAUAUCCGCCAGACCAGACGUUGUGCAGCCCGGCCGGGUUAAGGAACUGUUAUUAAAAAUAAGCUUAAUUUACUGCUUCACCAGAUGGGGCAAACACAAGUAUAGCGUGGCCAUUUCUUUUGCAAACAAACAAACAAAAAACACGCACACACACACAUGAGAAGCACAUGCAUCACGUAAUUAUUAUCUCCAAAGCAGCUAAAAGGAAGUGAAGAUACCGAAAAAUAGGGCUACAGUUGGACGAAAGGCGCAAAUCACUUCCCAUUUCCCUCCCAAGAUCGAAAUAAAGAACAGUAAUAAAACGGAGAACGAUACAAAUUACAAAACAAUGCGUAUGAUUGGUUUUAUUCCCCCUUCUUUUGGAAUACUUUUCACACAUUUUUGACUACACAAAAUACUUCUCACGAGACUGUUGCAUUCAAACUUGUU